AAGAUGAUGGGAUGAGGAGGGUUGGCAUCUACUCCAACGCCACAUAAAACCAGAAAACCUAAGAAUUUAUAAUAAUUAAAUAAUCCCCCUACUAGUAAAAUAAAUAAAAUAAAAUUUCCGAUAUAUAUAUAUAAACAUAAUUACAAUCCCAUAACACCAACAACUGGUUUUAUUCGCCACUAUUUCUCUCUCUCUUUCUCUCAUUUCUCAUUUCAUUCUCUCUCUCUCCUUGUGUGACGGAAGAAAAAAAGUGUGAAUGAUGAUGAUGAUGGUGGAGGAAGAUGGUGGCGGAGAUUGGGUGAAAGAAGCCAUGAAAGACGAAUUCAUAGUAGCAGAGUUAUUGACACGGUUGAAGAUGAAGAAACAAGAUGAUUCUGGAUCAUCCCCAUUAUCAUCAUCAGGGAUGAAGAUGAUGACGUCAUUAGAGUGGGGUAUACGUCAACCGAGGUCUAGACAGGUAAUGAUACGAUGUAGAGGUGGUAGUAAUAACACCAACAAUCAAAAUCAAAAUCAAACCAGUACCGCCACUACGGUUCAGAUUAAGAAAGAAGGUGGUGGUGGUGGUGAGUCAACUCGGGCGAGUCCAACUACUCCUCUUUCUUGGAGUACUGGUGGUUGUGGUAGUGGUGGCGGUGGCGGUGGCGAUGGCGUGUCUAUUUGUGGUGGUGAUGGUUACGAGGAUUCAAGUAAACUUAUUAGACAACGACCUACCUCAGCCGCAUCCUUAAGAUCUAUCAAGGUUAAUGGUACAAGUGAACCUAACAAUAGGAGAGCAAGAAAAAAGAAGACAUUUGCUGAGCUUAAAGAGGAAGAGAGUUUGAUGUUAAAAGAAAGGUUUCAUUUAAAGAAGGAACUGGCAACAUUAAGAAGGAGUUGGGAGGAAGAAAAGGCUAGGAACAAUCAACUCAAGAGAAUUAAGAUGCAGGUUGAUUUGCAACAUAUAUCAUCAAACCAAAGAGUUACAACUGUUAUAUCUCAGGAAGUGAUCUACAGUCAGUCAUGCAAUAACGGAGGAAUUGAUCAGACGUUGAUGCUGCCUAUGGUGUUGAUUGGUGCCCGUCAUGACGUGGGUAUGUCAGUAGUACCCCCAGCAACACUAACUCUAUCUAAUGAACCAAAGGAGAAUGAAGCUCGGCAAAGCCUAUUUGAUCUUCCCGACUUAAACGAGCCUUUUGGAGAAGAUUCUGGUCCUGAGGUCCUGUAUGGAAUGAGCUGACUGUAACUGUAAUUGUAAAUAUAAAUACCUUUUACUCUUCCAUCGGGACAUUAGGUAGGUUAAUCGUUAUAAUAUACUGCCUUGCUAAUUAUUCUCAAAAAAAGCAAUGGGUAUACAGGUAAAACUUGUAACUAUUUUUUUUCGAGGAUUUCGGAUUUUUAAUCUAAUGACAUUUAUUUUGAACCUCAUCUGUAUGAAUUAUUUGAAAUCUAAUACGACUCUCAUUUUUGUUCUCA